GUUCCCAAAGGCACCGACCAGAACUGGGCACAGAAGCUGUAUGACCGGCACGCCAGCAGCCAGCACUUCCAGAAGCCCCGCAUGUCCAACACCUCCUUCAUCGUCCUGCACUUUGCCGAUAAGGUGGAAUACCAGAGUGAGGGAUUUCUGGAGAAGAACAGGGACACUGUGUAUGAGGAACAGAUCAACAUCCUGAAAGCCAGCAAGUAUCAAAUGGUAGCAGACUUAUUCCAAGAUGAGAAAGAUGCUGCACCCACCACUUCCAUGGGAAAGGGAACAUCCAAAAUCAGCGUCCGUUCUGCCAGACCAGUGAUCAAAGCUGCCAAUAAGGAGCACAAGAAAACGGUGGGGCACCAGUUCCGCAACUCGCUGCAUUUGCUCAUGGAGACUCUGAACGCCACCACCCCGCACUACGUGCGUUGCAUCAAGCCGAACGACGAGAAGCUCCCCUUUAAAUUUGAUCCAAAGAGAGCGGUGCAGCAGCUGAGAGCUUGUGGAGUGUUGGAGACCAUCCGCAUCAGUGCAGCUGGCUUCCCGUCCAGGUGGUCCUACCAUGACUUUUUCAAUAGGUAUCGUGUUCUUAUGAAAAAGAGAGACCUCUCUAAGAAUGACAAGAAGCAGAUCUGUCAGACCCUGUUGGAAGACCUCAUUAAGGAUCCAGACAAGUUCCAGUUUGGACGUACCAAGAUCUUUUUCCGUGCAGGCCAGGUGGCAUAUCUGGAGAAACUGCGAGCAGAUAAAUUCAGAGCUGCCACAAUCAUGAUUCAGAAGACGGUGCGGGGCUGGCUGCAGAGGGUCAAGUACAAAAGGCUGAGACAAGCUGCAGUUGUCAUCCAGCGCUACACGCGUGGUCACUUGGCGCGGAGGCUUGCUGAGCACCUGAGGAGGACGAGAGCUGCCAUCAUUUUCCAGAAGCAGUACCGAAUGCUGAGGAUCCUCCGAGCUUUCCAGAGGGUCCGCAACGCAACCAUCACCAUUCAGGCUUUUGCUCGGGGCAUGUUUGUCAGGAGGAUUUAUCACAAGAUCCUUGCGGAGCACAAAGCCACCAUCCUCCAGAAGUACGCCCGUGGCUGGCUGGCCCGCACUCGCUUCCGCCGGGUCAGGGGUGCCACCAUCGUCCUGCAGUGCUACUACCGGCGCAUGAAGGCCAGGCAGGAGCUGAAGGCACUGAAGAUCGAGGCCCGCUCAGCACAGCACCUGAAGAAGCUCAAUAUUGGCAUGGAGAACAAGGUGGUCCAGCUUCAAAGGAAGAUCGAUGAGCAGAACAAGGAAUACAAACUCCUGAACGAGCAGCUCUCUACACUCACGUCUGCCCACUCCUCCGAGGUGGAAAAGCUGAAGAAGGAACUGGUGCAAUAUCAGCAGAGCCACCGGGGUGAUGGCAACCAGCUUGUCAGCUUGCAAGAAGAGAUGGAGCACCUCCGUCUGGAGCUUGAAAAAGCUCAUGGUGAGAGGAAGGUCGUGGAAGACAGCUACGUUAAGGAGAAAGACCUACUGAGAAAGCGCAUAUCCGACUUGGAAGAAGAAAAUGCUCUCCUGAAGCAGGAAAAAGAGGAGCUUAACAGCAGGAUCCUGUGUCAAUCUGAAGAUGAAUUUGCACUAAACACGGUUGAGGAAAAUAUCCAGAUGAAGAAAGAGCUGGAAGAAGAGAGGUCUCGUUAUCAGAAUCUGGUAAAAGAGUAUUCGAGGCUGGAGCAGAGAUAUGACAACUUGCGGGAUGAAAUGACUAUUGUAAAGCAAGCACCAGGACACAGAAGAAACCCAUCCAACCAGAGCAGUUUGGAGUCCGAUUCCAAUUAUCCAUCCAUAUCAACCUCUGAGAUAGGAGACACUGAGGAUGUAAUACAACAGGUGGAGGAGGUCGGGAUGGAGAAAGCUGCCAUGGACAUGACCCUCUUCCUAAAGCUACAGAAGCGAGUGAGGGAGCUCGAGCAGGAGAGGAAGAAGCUGCAAACCCAGCUGGAAAAAAAGGAGCAAGAAAGCAAGAAAUCCCAG